AUGGCGAGCACCCUCGUCCGUGUCCCUGGAAGAACCGCGUGGCUUCCCAUUCUUGCAUGCUCCCGUGUUCACGCGCUCGCGCCGGGGGACGUAUAUAAUGCGUGCAGAGGACGCUGUUCAGGCCCCAAGCGACGCCCGCUCCUCGCUUUCGCAGCAGCCCAGCAGCUCCAGACAGACAUGUUCGCGCUCUCCGUCUCGCGCCUGCUCACUGCUAUCUUCUUCGGCCUCGCCCUCCGCGCCGUCGGUCCUGCGCUCGGUGCGCCGGCCGCAGACGGGCUGGACGAGGGGGCUGCCCCAGUCGCGAUAUCCACGCCCGUGCGCAGGGCCGCCCCGACGGCGCCGUAUUUUGUGGAGUAUUUCGAUGCGGGGGUUUCUGGCGUCACCGGCGCGCCGCCCGUCGCGGACGUCACGGGGUACAACGUGUUCAUCCUUGCGUUCCUCCUCCUCGAGGGCGCGUGGGACAACGCCGAGGGGUGGACCCAGUUGACCGCGUCGGACCGCGCCACGAUCCUGUCCGAGUACCAUGACGCGGGGAUCUCGCUCAUGGUGUCGUGCUUCGGCUCGAGCGACGUGCCAACGACGAGCGGCGCGGACCCCACCGACACCGCGAACACGUUCGCGGCCUGGGUCCAGGAAUACGACCUGGACGGCAUCGACGUCGACUACGAGGAUUUCGAUGCAAUGGACGCAGGCACCGCAGAGGCGUGGCUGGUGACUUUCACAACGCAGCUGCGCGCCCAGCUUCCCGCGGGCGACUACAUCAUCACCCAUGCCCCGGUUGCGCCUUGGUUCUCACCCAACUACUGGAUCAACGGAGGCUACCUGACGGUCGACUCGGAAGUUGGAAGCCUUAUUGACUGGUACAACAUCCAGUUCUACAACCAGGGCAGCACUGAAUACACGACGUGCUCUGGCCUGCUCACGAACUCGAGCUCGACUUGGCCCGAAAGCGCGCUGUUCCAGAUCGCGAGCAGCGGCGUAACCUUGGACAAGCUGGUGAUCGGAAAGCCCGCCACGACCGGCGACGCUAGCACGGGAUACAUGAGCCCCUCGACGCUUGCUGAGUGCGUCGAAGAGGCCCAGGAGGAGGGAUGGGAUGCGGGCGUGAUGGUCUGGCAGUAUCCCGAUGCGGGCACCUCCUGGAUCACUACUGUCCGCGCGGACUCCUGGCCCGUGAGCUAG